AUGGCGACCUCAAAGAAGAUUGAGGAAAAGUACCAGAAGAUGCUCAAGGAGAUCCAGAAGCGGCCAGAGAACCGCCACUGCUUUGACUGCAGCGGCCGCGGCAACCAGUACGUCGUGCUCAACUACGGCGUGUUUGAGAUCAAGGCGCUCGAAACCAUCAAAUUUUCCCGAAACAUUUUUCUCUGCGUAUUUUAUUAA